AGCCCCGCUGUAUGAAUAUUAAUAUAAAUGCAAAUGCACGGUGAGGAUGCCCAGCGCCUCAGCCAACGCAGCGCGCUGAUGUCUGCGCAUUUUUGUUUUGACGUUUUUAUUUACCCCUCUCAUCUUCCUCCUCCUCCUUUUCCUCUUUCUCCUCUUCCUCUCUGAACCGUCUGAACUGAGCUGGAAGCAUGGCUCCUUUUCCCUCGGAGUUGUCGUACCCUCGCCGAGGAUCUGUUUGUGUACCUUCGCACUGAAGCAGCGUCAUGGGCUGCGCGCAGACCGCACACCGGCCAGCCUCCGCCGCGCCUCUGCUUUAGUAGAAGACACACAGCGCGCUGUUUGUUAUGAAAAUGGAAGAGGUUGCGCGUCAGGAAAAGGCGUCAGUCCGGUGAUCUGCGUCUGAAUUUCGGAUUUUUCAUCCCCGCGUCAAUUGACACAUCUGAGAUUGGAUUUUCUCCCUUCUUCCCCCUGUCGCUUCUGUCUGCCAAGACAGCUGUGUCAUCAACAACCGGCGUGGUUUUGUUGUUGUCUGAUUUUUUUUUUUUUUCUUCUUUUACUCCCCACUCUUACGAGUCUGGGCAACUGGCUAGAGUCUCUGCGCCAACCAGAUCCUGUCCUCUCCCAGAGGAGAGCCGCCUUUGGCAUACAUCCGCUCCUCCAGAGUCUUCUCCUGUACCAUGAGCUCUGGCUCUGCCCAGGAUGUGGCAGUCGAGCAUUUCUUGCGUGACAUAGAGAGGCGAAGCAAGCGGCUACACUGCGCUGUGAUAGGCUGCGAGGAGGAGCGAUCCUGCAGCGACAUGAACCUGCUGUAUCGUAAGAGUCGCUUGGACUGGAGGCAGAAAGAGCAAGAGGGAAGUAAGAAAAGCUCCACUCAGAACGAUCCAUCGGCUACCGUGGGAAAAGUUCGGGACUUGGCUUCAUUCCGACGGCACUUCCGGAUGGGCUUCAUGACCAUGCCGGCCUCCCAGGACCUGUCCCCUCACACCUGUGCCUCGGCCAUGGCGCCCCGCUCGCAGUCCUGCCACGCUGUUGGUGCGGGGGAUACGAGCCUCGAGAACGGAGAUUACUCUGACACCCAGUCGCAGCACGGCGGUCGCUGCCCCCCAGCCAAACCCAAACGCCAUCCGAGUACCCGCCUGAGCUCCUCGUCCGCUGACAGCAGAGGACCUCCUGAGACCCCGCCACCCUCUUCAAGCUCCCACUCACAGGGAAAACACUCAGAGAAGAAAAAUUCAAUGAAGAAGUCCGACUCUGGGGAGAUUGGAGCAAAGAAGGUGCCUCCUUUGAAACCCAAAAGGAGUCCCAGUACCCAGCUCACCUUUGACCCCCUUCCUCCACGUGUGCCUCCUUCUGCCACUCCCUUGCCCUUCCAGGCAGCAGACUCUCAGAUUCAGACAGGAGACGGAGAGGAUGAGCCAGUCUAUAUAGAAAUGGUGGGCCAAGUGUUCACCAGAGAGAGCCAGACAGCCACGCCCCACCCCGUCACUCCCGUGGCCACCACGCCCGACUCUGACUCAGACCAGAGUGAGGCAAUCUACGAGGAGAUGAAAUAUCCGCAUCAGGAGGACAGAGAGUCCCAGAGGCAUCUCUUGCCGAAGCAUGAGAAGCUUAAAGCCUCAAAGCACUAUCACGUCACCACCUCGUCCUCCAGUAGUUCUUCUUCUCUCCCUCGCCCUUCAUCUUCUUCUCCAUCCUACUCCAAACCCAAAGCUACAGUGUCCAUCUCCCAUUCUUCUCCGCUGCCUUCCUCUGCAUCGUCCACUCCUGUUCCACAGGUCUUGUCCACCAGUCCCCACACUCCACGAGCUCCAACUCCUUAUCUGUUGCAAGGAGGUAAAUGCGAAUCUGAGUCCAACACGAAGAUCCCAGCACCGUUCCCCAAUCUCCUUCAGCACCGACCCCCACUGCUUGCCUUUCCUCAGCCUGCAGCUGCCUCCAGCGGGGUUGGGGUUCAAAACAAGACAUCCGCCUCUGCUAAAACUCAAACAUCCACUGCGACAGCUCAAGCCAGCACCUCCUCCUCGGGUUCUUCUAAUGUUUCCACCUCCCUGUCAGGGUCCAAGGAAUCAUCAGGUGGCACAUCACAGCAGGACAAAUACAGCCGAGACUCCCAGUUAGGCCCUGCUCCCGGAUUGAGAGCCAGGAGUCACUCCACACCGCUACCUCCCUCCUCCAAAUCCACUUCCCCUUUCUCCCAUCAUCACCACCAUCCUCACCAUCGCCCCUCGCACUAUCAUCACUACCGCAAGCCAGACAGAGGAGAUUCCCCUGCUCCGACCAAGAGCAGCUCUCAGUCAUCCAACCAGGCAACAGUCCAGACGCAAACAUCAAGUACAGGCAAGGAGGGAAAGAGUGUGAGCUUCCUCCUAAAGUCUGACAAAGGAGAGCGGGAUAAAGACCGGGACAGAGGUAGAGACAGGGACAAGGAGCGAGAUAGAGACAAGGACAAGGACAGGGAUAGAGACAGGGAUAAGGACAGAGAACGAGACCGAGACAGAGACAGAGACAGAGAUAGAGAUAGAGAUAGAGAUAGAGAUCGGGAAGGAGGGCCACACUCAUUACCGAUAGAGAGCAUCACCACCACUAGCAGCCAAACACCUCAAAGCAGCACCAGCUCCACUCCUACGCCACUAUCCUCUUCCCAGCGUCCUCAUUCUCGCCCACACCUCCGCUCUCACACACCCCACGGUCUGCCAGCAUACAAGCCGCCCUCCUCAGACAGCCCGCUGCUGUGGACCUACCCGUCCAGUGGCUUCCGGAGACCGCCGGCCUAUGAGAGCUUGAGAGCCAGCUCUCAGACACCAUCUCUACAACAGCCUUUGAGUCUUACUGGUCUGGGCGAGGGGGUGUCCAAGAGCAACAGCGGGUCCUCAUCGCAGUCAAAAGUUGGCUUCAUGCCUUGGGACAGCAGCGCCAGCUUAGCUGCGGAUGAGGGUUCUUACUGGCCCAUGCAGAGGAAGCUGUCCUUUAGCCAUGGGAGCAGAGAGGCAGAGAAGGAUGAAGGGCGGGCCUGGAAUGGCAGUGCUGAUGCACUGUUGAGGAUGGACAAGGAGGAUCUCGGUUUGGGCUCUCGAGGCGGCCAGUCAGGCAUCCCAGUUCACUUUAGUGGCGCCACCAGCAGGGCUCUGGGUCACUGCGAGUCUUUAGCUGGUGUGGACUGCAGCCCGGGAUUCAGAGCGCUGCCCAGAGGAGGACUUCCUCUUCCCUGCCAGACCUUCCCUGCCUGUCGUAACGGAGAAGUGGGGCGGCUGGGCCGCUCCUCCUCUGCUGCUGGAGUCAGACAGGUGGGUGGAGGAGAUGUCCACAGACAGAGCAGUCUACCAGUACGAGAAGCCCUAAAUCAGCUGCACGGUGUGACCCCGGCUCAGGCUCCUUGCAGCCCCAGCGUGUCCCGGCAGCAGCAGCAGCUGCAGCUCCACCAGCAGCAGCUGCAGCUCCAGCAGCAGCUCCAGCAGCAGCUCCAGCAGCUUCAGCAACAGCACCACCUACAGUUGCAGUUCCAGCAGCUUGCCCAGCUGGCACAGGGACAGCCUCCCGCUGGCGGGGGCACCAUGUCGUCUACGUCGCAGACGCAGAGGGACGGCAAGCUGCUUGAAGUCAUCGAGCGUAAGCGCUGCCUGUGCAAGGAGAUUAAGGCACACAGACGACCCGACAAAAGCCUGUGCAAGCAGGACAGCAUGCCCAUCCUCCCUAGCUGGAGACGGACACCUGAGCCUCGUAAGACUGGCACACCACCCUGUCAGAGGCCGCAGGCCGUCGUGUGGGACACGGCUAUCUGACCCUAGGAGAAGCGGAUUACAUAAUAUCAUCUUUCAAACGGUCUGGGGAGAGAAUUUACUUAAGGAAGACGGAUUGCAUAUUAAAUGCAAACUUUGCUAUUAUUGUAAUAGGGACUGGUUAGUUGAACUUUGACUACAAAAAGAAGUGAAGAAAUGUAGUUAUUACAAUCAGACUAAGUUAAUUUCUUACUCGGCUGAUUUGUAUUUUCUCUGUACUACGUACUGCACUGAUGUGUUCUGAUUGCCAACAAGUUAUUUUUUGCCACUAAACACCACUUAUUAUUGCUAAUACAGAGUGGGUUGUUUUCCUAGAUUGGUGUUGCCAAAUAUCCUCCUGACUACUUGAGACACAAGGGAAUCAUGUACUUUCUUCAACAAAGCAUCGAAACUACUCUGCAGAGGAGAGCAGACGAGACUCGUAGAUAAGAUAUCGAAGUGUUUCUUGAAAAUCGUGAAUGUAUAUGAGAUGUCUUGGUAUCAAUAGAUUGUCAUUGUGGAUGCAAAUAAUCAUCACCGAGAAGUAAAAGCUACCUACUGUGUCCGUUUGCAUAUUUGUAAUGUAAAUCUAUUUACUUUCUCGGCCUUUCUGCAAUUUUACAGCAAUACGCUCUGAAAAAAACAACAACUCUCGAGCAACAUAUUUAAAAAAAAUAAUAUAUCUUGUGUCAGCUAGCAUAACAUACAUAUCUGAGACUUGAAGAACUCAUAUUUACUGUGUCAUACUCUGCAUGUCACCAAUAUACAUGCAGUGCUGUAACCGUAAGACAAAAAAAAAAAAGAAGAGAGAAAACAAGGAUCCUGUCCGACGGAUCUUAACUACACGGUCCUGUGUGGUCGUAGGAAAAAGAUGAAUCUACUGCGUAGGAUGAGUCUGGGGCUGGGUUAGUCCAGCCGAGUAUAGUCAGAUACAGAUCAGCGGUACACAAAACUCCAGUCAUCGCUCAUGCUUUUUACGCAGUUGCACAUUAGCGCCCGUUCCACCGAGCACUGACACCCAUCAGCUCAAAGACUGCGCAACACGGUGCAGCUGAUGAGACUGUGAGCAUCGAUCACCUCAACCCGAAUGCUGGAACAAUCUGCACAAAGCAUUGCUUAGAGGAGAAAUUCAGAACCCUGAUGUACUGUAAAUAGACGUGUACAAGUGUAUUGAAAAUGUAGCAAUUAUCUCCAUUUUCAUACUUGUAAUCAAUACAUAUUAUGUAGCAUAGACUGUAUAAACAUAACUUUGUUCACUUUUUCUUUUCUUUUUUUUUUUACUAAGAGAAUUAAGUACCUGAUGCAGACAGCCCAUGCAUUACUUAUUGUUCAACUUAUAAACAAUGAGCCCUCUGGAGAAAAAGACAAAACAAAAACAAACAGUUCUUUAUAUAAUUUUAUGCAAGGUUCCCUUUAAGCUCUGUUAUUUAUUCGAUCCCCUUUUUCUACAUUCACAUUUAUUUAUGUACAGAUUUUAACAGCUUUUUCGUCUUAACAUUUUUAAUACUUUGCUGCUAUUUCAAUACCCGUGUUGUUCAAUGGACUACAUAGUGUUGCCAUGAUAAACAUUAUUAAUAUGAUGCUUAUUGUUACAUAUUUUUUUUCUGGGGUUGGGGGUUUCCAGAAAGCCACGUGGAAUGAAGUUUGUACCUUGAAGAGUCAGCUCUCCUGUAAUAGUAUUAAGGCGCUUGAAUGUCUCUUGGUUGAUGUUUUUUUUUUUUUUUAAAUAAUAGUUAUAGUACCAAACUGUACAGUGCAGUACAUCCAGUGAAAAAAGACCUAUUUAAAAAUGUUUUAAGACUCACUCUUUGGCCUUUUCCUUUUGUUUAUGUCCAUCUGCUCGUGUUGGACGUUUUCUUUUUCUUGUUUAUUUCUUUCUUUUUCUAAGCCUUUUGAGUCCAUUUUCAUAAAAAAUUAAAAUAAAAAACACAGGCCAAGUUGGAGGAAAUGGGCAAGUGCAAUGCAUGCAGAGAUUCCUUACACUGAAAUGCUCCAAAUGAUACUUCCUAUUGUGCCCAGUUUGAUUUUAAAUACCAAGUAAUCACCUUAUUGUCACGGACUGAUGCGAUACCCGAGGUACAGGCUAAAAUUUCCAGAAUAGUUUACAGAGGCUGUUGGUUUUGUGUGUCUUCUGAAACUGUGGCCAUUAUACGAGUGCCAUAUACUCUAUUGAUAUGGUAAGAUACGGUGUACCUUGGAAAUCACUGUAGUGCUAUAUUUGCAUUGAUAUUGUCAUUGGAAAUAAAUUUUAUAUAAUGAACUUUA